AUGAAACGAGAAGAAGUCGGGUGGGGCUGUGGUCAGGACGGAAGCUGGGGUAGGGUCUAUUCGGUUCUCGUCGUUUCAUUAUCUAUCUAUCUAUCUAUCUAUCUAUUUAUCUAUCUAUCUAUCUAUCUAUCUAAGUCGCUUCAUUAUCUAUCUAAAUCGCAUCGUUAUCUAUCUAUCUAUCUAUCUAUCUAUCUAUCUAUCUAUCUAUCUAUCUUAGACGCCUCAUUAUCUAUCUAUCUAUCUAUUUCAGUCUCUUCAUUAUCUAUCUAUCUAUCUAUCUAUCUAUUUCAGUCUCUUCAUUAUCUAUCUAUCUAUCUAUCUAUCUAUCUAUCUAUCUAUCUAUCUAUCUAUUUCAGUCGCUUCAUUAUCUAUCUAUCUAUCUAUCUAUUUCAGUCGCUUCAUUAUCUAUCUAUCUAUCUAUCUAUCUAUCUAUCUAUCUAUCUAUCUAUCUAUCUAUCUAUCUAUUUCAGUCGCUUCAUUAUCUAUCUAUCUAUCUAUCUAUCUAUCUAUCUAUCUAUCUAUCUAUCUAUCUAUCUUAGACGCUUCAUUAUCUAUCUAUCUAUCUAUCUAUCUAUCUAUCUAUCUAUCUAUCUAUCUAUCUAUCUCAUUAUUUUUAACCAAAAUUUCGAACGUGCUAUUAAAAAAUUUCAAAAAAUUAUCUAUCUAUCUAUCUAUCUAUCUAUCUAUCUAUCUAUCUAUCUAUCUAUCUAUGCUGCUGCAAAUACAGCUAAUAACUAUAUGUCUGCCUGUCUGUCUAUUUCUAUUAAUAAUAUCUAUCUAUCUAUCUAUCUAUCUAUCUAUCUAUCUAUCUAUCUAUCUAUCUAUCUAUCUAUGCUGCCGCAAAUACAUCCAAUAGCUAUAUGGUUAUCUAUCUAUCUAUCUAUCUAUCUAUCUAUCUAUCUAUCUAUCUAUCUGUUCAUUUUCUUCUUUCCUUUCUUUCUUUUUUUCUUUCAUUAUAUCUAUCUAUCUAUCUCAGUCUGUUCAUAUCUAUCUAUCUAUCUAUCUAUCUAUCUAUCACAGUCUGUUCAUUUUCUCCCUUUCUUUCUUUCUUUCUUUCUUUCUUUCUUUCUUUCUUUCUUUCUCAGUCUGUUCAUUAUCUAUCUAUCUAUCUAUCUAUCUAUCUAUCUAUCUAUCUAUCUCAGUCUGUUCAUUAUCUAUCUAUCUAUCUCAGUCUGUUCAUUAUCUAUCUAUCUAUCUAUCUAUCUAUCUAUCUAUCUAUCUAUCUAUCUAUCUAUCUCAGUCUGUUCAUUAUCUAUCUAUCUAUCUAUCUAUCUAUCCCAGUCUGUUCAUUAUCUAUCUAUCUAUCUAUCUAUCUAUCUAUCUAUCUCAGUCUGUUCAUUAUCUAUCUAUCUAUCUAUCUAUCUCAGUCUGUUCAUUAUCUAUCUAUCUAUCUAUCUAUCUAUCUAUCUAUCUAUCUAUCUAUCUCAGUCUGUUCAUUAUCUAUCUAUCUAUCUAUCUAUCUAUCUAUCUAUCUAUCCCAGUCUGUUCAUUAUCUAUCUAUCUAUCUAUCACAGUCCGUUCAUUUUCUUCCUUUCUUUCUAUAUUUCUUUUUCUUUUCUUUCUUUUCUUUCUUUCUUUCUUUCUUUCUAUGCUGCUGCUGCAAAUACAGCUAAUAACUCUCCCGUCGUUUUCGACACGCAUGAUUCUAGUACCGCGUUUGACAAAAGAUACUCGCGUCUCUGCUCUCUGCCUGCAACGUUUGUGUGCCUCGACAAGGAGAAAUCAAAGAAGGUUUUUUUUUCUUUUGUUUAUUUUUUCCUUUGUUUUUCUGCUGUUUUUUUUGUCUUCUCCUUUCCCUCUUUUCUUUUCUUUUUUUUCUUUUUUAUUUGUUACGUCUUUCCUUUCUUCCUAUUCUUUCUUUUUUUCCCCCCUCUUUAA